AUGGCUGACCAGGCUACAAUCACUCCCGCCGAGUGGGAGUCUCUCAAGAACGAUGAGACCACUGCAGAGGCUGUGGCUGAACUGAUGAUCCGAGUCAUUCAUAUGGGUCGGGACGAAGCUGAGAGCUUCUCGGAGGUUCGCGAGUUCCGCGAAAUGACUGCUGAGAAGCUUGGAGUAAAGUGGUGGACCGCUGAGGGUGCAGUUGGGGCGGACCAAGGCUUCAACAAGAUUUGGAUGGGACUCGUGGAGUUCCUUGCAGGCCGACAGGACGUGUGGGAGGUUGGAGGUAUCGGAGCCCCUCCCUUGACUCUGGCCAAGAAGAAGUGA